CUGAUUGUUUUAAUUAAUGAAUUAACCAAGGCAAUGGUCUGCAGGCUACUAAACCAGCAGUAACCAGUACUGCUGCCACCACUGCCAUGUGCUAUCAAAGAAGAAUGGACACACACAAGGUGUUUGCCCUGCUUAAUGCCAAAUGAGAAAGGAGCAUUGACAGAUCAAUUUCAACUGGCAACGCAGCUAACGUUACAGUACAAGAUGUUUACUAGCUGGAGUUAAAUAUUACAGUAGCCUACCUCUGAUCAGUGAAUAAUACCAGCAGCUAGCAAGCUAACGCGUUAAAGCAUGGCUCCAAAUCUCACAGAUUAAUUUAGGCAGAUAAUAUGGAGUAAAAUCCAUUGUCAUCAAAUAGUCUUUCUCGAUACGGCUAGCUAGUAUUGUAAACGUAUGGCGCUACUACAACUAACUAUUUCGUUAUCUAGUUAAAUCCAAUUGUUACAACAUGACACGCAAAAGUACAUGACCAUCAUUUUAGACGACACAGAGUUCAACGUUGUUUCCGUUUACUGUUACCAGAGAAACGCGCUGCCCAAUCAAAAGUCGUUUAGUAGGGACCUUCGACUCAGUAACCAAUCUAAUCCCGCAUUGUUGUAAAAUUAGCCAGUUUGAAACACAAACCAAGCGAUUUGAAACUGUCAAGAUCAACAAGUUGAUAACACAAAACAAACGCAAGACGAAGGCAGUUCGAGAUACUCCAAAGCACCAAGAUGUCCUCAGAUGAAGGGGAUCUGAGCAGUCCAGUUCUGCCAGGGGACUCAGAUCAGGGCAGCUCUGUCUCCUCUGAGCUGCAGGAUGAAUAUGAAGAACUUCUCCGCUAUGCAGUGGUCACUCCUAAGUAUGACCCGCAGCCCGCCGCUCAACUGCAGCUUCUGAGUGCCUCACAACUGUCUGCGGAUGGACGGAGUUCCCGUGGAAAUGAUGACGCGAGGUCCCAUCGCUCAGCAGGCUCAGUUUCUGAAGCUGAAGAUGGGAGACGCUGUAGCAGGGGAGUGAGGUCAGCACGGGCCUCCCCUUUUAUAGUGGAGCCAAGGGCACACUCACACACCUUUGAGGGUAAUGAAGUGAUGGCUGGCAGGUCAUCUGUUGCCUCAGACGCUCACUCAGACAGACACUCAGACAGACUGCCGACGCCGUCUGAGAGCUCCAGACACGGCAGUCCAGACCCCCUGGUCACCGUGGUGACGGAGAUGUUUAUAUCUGAGGAGAACCUGAACAAGAUGGAGAACAUCCUGGACACCUGGAGCGACAAGCUCAAGGCCAACGUGCUGAUGGAGCUGAGGAAGUGGAAGCUGGCCUUCAUGGAGCAGCACAAGCUGGAGGUGAUGAAGGAGAGGGAGAAGCAUGCUGCCUGUAUAGCAGGCCUCACAGCAGAGAUGGACAGCCUGAAGGAACUGCUCCACACCUACGAGACCUCCAACCAGAGGAAGGACGAGGUGAUAGUGAACCUGAGCCAGGCUGUGGACAGACAGAGGGAGAGGCUGGAGCUGAUGAGGACCUUCACCCACUGGAGACUGCAGCACAGCGAAGCCAGGGAGCAGGCCCACAGUGCCCGGCUGGCAGAGCAGCACUACCGUCUGCAGCUGAAGAGGAAGGUGUGGGCAGGCUGGCACAACCUGGUCCAGGGGAGCUGGAAGGAGAAGGUGGAGAAGGCGUGCCGCGCCCGGGCAGAGGAGGUCUGUGUGCGCCUGUCAGCUGACUAUGAGGACAAGAUGGCAGAGCACGUGGCAGCGCUGGAUGCUGCCCAGGCUGAGAUCCAGAGGCUGCACUCCGAGAGGGAGCGUUAUGAGGAGUCCAUGAAGAAGGCCUUUAUGAGGGGCGUGUGUGCCCUCAACAUGGAGGCUCUCAGCAUGUUCCACACUGGAGAGGGACGAGCGGAGCACGACCUGCACGAUGCUCCGCCCCCUCGGGAUGAUCCUGGCACCGGCUCAUUGGCCCAUCUCCAGCAAAGGCCUGCCUCCUCCACUCGGUUCAGCCCGGUCCACUUUGACCCCCCUGUACCACCGUCCCAGAGUGACGCAGAGGAGACAGUGGGUUCCAAUGUCCCAGCCUCUAGAGUUGAGUUGUUCCCCUCAACCACGGUGGUCCACAGCACCCUACCACCAGGGGGCACUGCAAGCUCCCACAGACAGGUCAGUACACGGGUGAUCACAUCGGGUCAACAGAAAGCCUCCAAAACCGUGACCGCUCGCAUCACGGCACGCGCCGACCUCCGCGCUCCCAGCUCCGUCCGUGCUUCCAGCAACCUCCAGGUCAUGGGUGUGGCUCCUCCCAUGAGCUCUGUCAUCGUGGAGCGCCAUCACCCCGUCACACAGCUCACGGUGGGUCAGGCCACCGCAGCUAAGUUCCCCCGCUCCUCCUCUCAGCAGGGCCAGGGCCCCUACAGCAGCAAGAGUUCCUCCAGAACACACUCAGCCUACCACGUACACUCUAUCAAAGUGGUUGAGUAAACACACACACACACACAACAAUAUCACCUAUGGUUCACAUAGGAAAAUUCCACUACCUUAUAUGCAAAUACAAGUAGUCUUCCCGUACAUGACUUGGUCAAGGUGAUACAGGUGCAGAAUUGAAUAUUCCCAAAUAUUCUACACAUACACACACACACACACACACACACACGUUCACUACUAUGAAAGAACUAUGAAGGACCUGAACCAUUUCUGUGAGAACUAAGUUUAGGAUUAAAGAAAAUAACUUUUCAAAUGCAAUCAAUAAACCUGAUAACACUCUGGAAUGGAAGGUAGAAUGGUGACUGCUGGAAACGCCUUGUCUUUUCAGAGCAUUUGGAUAAUAACUUUUUCACUAGUUUUACUUCUUAUUGUGAAUGACUGAACUGUUUUUGUAUUUUCUUCAGUUUUUUUAUUUGUUGUUUUUAAAUGAUGGAAAGUCAGUCUCUUGACUGUUGUGUGAAAACGCAUAUUUGAAACAAUAUUGCGUUGAUGAUGUGUUGAGAACACUUGUGGUCAAGUUUUCAGGACUGUAUCAAGGCCAUAUGUUCAUGUUUUGAUCAAAAUCUGCACUAUAAACUUUUACAGUAAAUUGCUUGAACAUGAAUAAAACACGAAUUGCAAAUAUUCUUAGAAUAAUAAACCAUUCACUAAUUAAUGUACAGUUGAAGUCGGAAGUUUACAUAAACUGAGUUCAAAUGUAUUUGGCUGAGGUGUUUCACAAAUCCUGACAUUUAACCUUAGUAAAAAUUCCCUGUCUUAGGUCAGUUAAGAUCACCACUUUUGUAAGAAUGUGAAAUGUCAGAAUAAUAGAAUGAUUUAUUUCAGCUUUUAUUUCUUUCAUCACAUUCCCAGUAGGUCAGAAGUUUACAUACACUCAAUUAGUAUUUGGUAGCAUUGCCUUUAAAUUGUUUAACUUGGGUCAAACAUUUCAGGUAGCCUUCCACAUGCGUACCACUGUGAAUUUUGGCCCAUUUCUCCUGACAGAGCUGGUGUAACAGUCAGGACUGUAGGCCUCCUUGCUCGCCUACACUUUUUCAGUUCUGCCCACAAAUGCGCUAUAGGAUUGAGGUCAGGGCUUUGUGAUGGCCACUCCAAUACCUUGACUUUGUUGUCCUUAAGCCAUUUUUGCCACAACUUUGGAAGUAUGCUUGGGAUCAUUGUCCAUUUGGAAUACCCAUUUGCGACCAAGCUUUAACUUCCUGACUGAUGUCUUGAGAUGUUGCUUUAAUAUAGCCACAAUUUUCCUACCUCAUGAUGCCAUCUAUUUUGUGAAGUGCACCAGUCCCUCCUGCAGCAAAGUACCCUCACAACAUGAUGCUGCCACCCCUGUGCUUCACGGUUGGGAUGGUGUUCUUCAGCUUGCAAGCCUCGCCCUUUUUCCUCCAAACAUAAUGAUGGUCAUUAUGGCCAAACAGUUCUAUUUUUGUUUCAUCAGACCAGAGGACAUUUCUCCAAAAAGUACGAUCUUUGUUCCCAUGUGCGAUUGCAAACCAUAGUCUGGCUUUUUUAUGGAGGUUUUGGAGCAGUGGCUUCUUUCUUGCUGAGCGGAAUUUCAGGUUAUGUCGAUAUAGGACUCGUUUUACUGUGGAUAUAGAUACUUCUGUACCUGUUUCCUCCAGCAUCUUCACAAAGUCCUUUGCUGUUCUGGGAUUGAUUUGCACUUUUCGCACCAAAGUAACCUCAUUUCUAGGAGACAGAACACAUCUCCUUCCUGAACGGUAUGACGGCUGCGUGGUCCCAUGGUGUUUAUACUUGCGUACUAUUGUUUGUACAGAUGAACGUGGUACCUUCAGGUGUUUGGAAAUUGCUCCCAAGGAUGAACCAGACUUGUGGAGGUCUAUAAUUCUUUUCUGAGGUCUUAGCUGAUUUCUUUUGAUUUUCCCAUGAUGUCAAGCAAAGAGGCACUGAGUUUGAAGGUAGGCCUUGAAAUACAUCCACAGGUACACCUCCAAUUGACUCAAAUUAUGUCAAUUAGCCUAUCAGAAGCUUCUAAAGCCAUGACAUCGUUUUCUGGAAUUUUUCAAGCUGUUUAAAGGCAUAGUCAACUUAGUGUAUGUAAACUUCUGACCCACUGGAAUUGUGAUACAGUGAAAUAAUCUGACUGUAAACAAUUGUUGGAAAAAUUACUUCUGGAAUGCACAAAGUAGAUGUCCUAACUGACUUGCCAAAACUAUAGUUUGUUAACAAGAAAUUUGUAGAGUGGUUAAAAAACGAGUUUUAAUGACUCCAACCUAAGCGUAUGUAAACUUCUGACUUCCAACGGUACAUGGAAAUGUGUACUACUGUAGAUCCAUUGAAAAAGAACCACACAAAUGCUCUCAUUUGGGAAAAUAUAGAAUCUGGUUGUCUGAA